AUGUCACCAGCAAAAGUACCACUCCUCGCCGUCCUCCUGCUACUGCUCCUCACGCAAGCGCCAGCACAAUUCACGUUUCCACCUCUCCCUUCCGCCACCGAUAACAGCAAAGUAGCUUGUCGAGCCGUUUACGACGCCUGCAUGUUCUCGUUUCGGGAGUGUAUUCGCAGCGCUGCGGGUGACGACGCGACGAGGUUGUCGUGUGAAGCGCACCGUGAGGAUAUAUGUGAAGGGACAAUUAGGGAGGGGUGUGAUGUGCUUCCCGAGGCGGUGAAGGAGAAGUCGGCGACUACCCUCGUCGUCGUGCUGCCGGAAGUAUCGACACAGUCGGCAACGGCAACGGCAAUAGUUACAGUAACAGCAAUAGCGAUAUCAACAGCAUUAGCGACAGCGACAGAGGCGAUGGAAACCGUCGUGGUCUUUGUACCAGACAAAGGCCAGGGCGCGGCGGCGAACACGCUGGCGGGUGCGGUGAUGACGGUUACCAUCCGGCGGAUAGCCACUGCCACACCCACCACACCCACCACCUCUACUACCACGUCGACAGUACGGGGGUUAAUCCUGGGACAGAGGAACGGUGGAGGGCGUGUUCAUGUUCGCUGGUGGUUCGGGGUGGUUGCGAUGUCGGUGUCGAUGCUGGGAGCCGAAGUAGCGCGUUGAUGUGGGGCUGGGCGGCUCUAAGGAAUGUGACUAUCGCGGGGCGAUAGCUGUAAUAUGUAGCGGUGGGUAAUUGGAGAUAUCGAUAUACGUCGAUCGUGGGGCAGCAGCGGGGACAUGGAGAUGAGAAGCGUUUCUGGGGAUAUCGGUGGACGGUCAUCUGUUCCGGACUGUGAUCGACGGUUCAAUUUGGAUGCGGAAGAUCGCACCUGGGGUUAGGGACUGGCGGUCGGCUCUUCCAUUUUGGCCGGCAACAGCCAGCACAUUCCCAAUGCGGCCCGAACGGUUAGAGUGGGUAUUCCCUUCACAGCCCUCGUGUCAGCAAUCUGUACGCGUUGCCGGAAGAUGUUUCAUAUACAUAUACGCAUCGUGCUGGACGAGGCCGGCUGCCGGAAAGUGUGGAGAUCUGAGGUACGGCGGUCGAAAGUGAUCAAAAACAUAGCAGCAAAGUUGAGUUGGUGGAAACAGCAACAAAAACGCAUUGCCUCACCUCGUUC